AAUAAAAUGCCAAUGGGCACUCCAUAAACUUCCUCGCUACCAGCGCCAUCUUCCAGCUGAAGGAAAACGCAUCGUUUUUCUCUCCAUUCUGUGUGGCUAAAUUAAAUUUUCAAGCUGUCGCAGCAAAAGCGCUCAUUGCAGUGGUCAAUUGGUCUGUCUUUGCGCUCUUUACUCAGUACUGGGUUGUGACCACAAAAGACUAGAGAGAAAUUGAAGACGAUAAUGAAGAAGCUGAGAUGGGCAAUGGACGGAGGCUUUUGGGAGCUGGACAUGUCCACACCCAUAACUCUGGAAGGAGAAGCUCGGGCGGUGCCUGGAGACCCGCUUCCACUCGGACUUUCGAGAGGCACAAAAUUGUCCAGGCCCAAGCAGAUCCAUUUCUUCCAACGUUUCAUGUCCUCACCCUUUAUCCCUUCCUAUUCCCCUCCCACGCCUCCACAUGGAGGACAUGGUUUCUCUCUCCAAAGCGUCCUCGCUAUUCCCACUUUCAAUCAAAAUUGGUUUGGCACGUUGCUUGGUCAAUUCAAUUUGCAAAAGUUUUUGUCCUCUAUUAAUGAGAGUGGUGCUUGGCACUCCUCAAACUCCUCCCGCCUCCAUACCAUUUGUAGACAUCUUCAUGAUAAAUCCCUAUACGCACUUGGUUUCUGUUCAGAGCUCUUAUUAACCCCUGAUGAUACGCUUCUCUUCAGCCUUGAAACUUACGGUCAUAAUAGGACAACCCGUAAGAAGGCAACCCUUCAUCACAAGUUCCCAAAUCACAAUUUAACGCUGGAGGCAGUUUCUCCUGGACUUUUUGUUGACAAGACUGGUAGCUAUUGGGAUGUACCUUUCUCCAUGGCCUUUGACCUCGCUUCUGUUGCUUCUGACUCUGGUGCCAGUUACCAUUUGUGUAUGCAUCAUAAUGCGGGAUCUCCAAAGCUGUUUGAAGGUGGUCAUGCCUUGGGAGUUCCUGCAGCACUGCUUCCUGGUUUCUCUGUGAAAAGUGCUUUUUCCUUUAAGAAAAAUAUAGAUAUUUGGAGAAGCAAAGCUCAGAAGUUGAAGAUGGUGCAACCAUUUGAUCUGUUGCUUUCAAAUCCCCACAUUUCUGCAUCAGGGAUCAUUGGUGCUGCUAUGACAACCUGUCUUGGAGAUAACUCGGUUAGAUCGCAAGUGGAUGAUUUUCAGGGUUUUAAAGGCUUAUGUCUUUAUACACCUGCAGUAAGAUCUGGCUUGUUGGCUGAUAUAUUUUCAUCUGUUUCAGUUACGGCUCAGCAUGGAAACUUCCAAAGACUAUUUCUAGAUCUUACUCGAUUUCAUUUUCAUUUGGAUUUUCCUUCUGGGUCCAAGUUUGUUUCGGGUGCUGCUAAAUUAGCGCAAGAUUUUUUCAAUUCUAGACAGCCAUCCGUGGAAGCAGUGAGAGCAAUUUGCCCCAAUGCAACCAUUUCUCUUCAACAGCAGAUUGCCGGACCCUUCAGUUUCAGAGUUGAUUCUGGAAUUGUAAUUGAUUGGCAGAACAAAGAUUGGCAUAUUCGAAUGCAUGAUCCAGUGUUUGCGAUCGAGUAUGCAUUACAGGUCCUUGGUUCAGCGAAAGCUAUUGCUUGGUAUUCCCCAAAGCAACAAGAAUUUAUGAUGGAACUUAGGUUUUUUGAGACCUAAAUUAUGAAUGUCUAGAAAUUAAUUUUUUUUUUGGUAAUUUAUGGAGAUGCCUUUUGUUCCUCAAAUUGUUCUUGAAAAAUCUAUUGGCAUUCAGCUUUUCAUAAACUUACUGCUUGUAUGUGCAUAUUAUUUUAAUGGAUUUGAUAUUUGAUA